GACCAUGACCCCGGGGCUGCCCCUGCUGCUGCUGGCGCUGGCGCUGCGGGGGGGGGGCGGGGGGGCCCCCCCCCCCGGGCCCCCCCCGGGUCCCCCGUGCGGGGCGGCGCUGGUGGCCGUCCUGGGGCGCCUGCAGGAGCUGGAGGGACAAGUGCGGGCGCUGCAGGGACAGUGCGGGGACAGCCGGGGACCCCAGGCCGGCACCGGUACGCGGGGGGGCGGGGGGGACGUGGGGGGGGACAUGGGGGGACAUGGGGGGGGACAGCCCCCCCCCCACCCCCCCUGCCCCCUCGGCUGCAGUGACCAGGGCCGGUGCCGUAGGGGGCGCUGUCACUGCUUCCCCGGCUUCACCGGCCCCCUCUGCGCCACCCCCGCCUGCCCCCCCGGCCGCGGCGGCCCCCGCUGUGCCCUCGACAUCCCCUCGGUGAAGCCACGCUUGGCCACCCGCAACCAGACGUCCUUCCGUGUCACCUGGCCGCGGCCACCUGUGCCGGUGGAUGGCUACCAGGUGGCCCUCGUCCCCCUGGACGAGCCGGCGGCGAUGACCACCCAUGAGCUGCCUGGUUCUACUGUCACCUUCGAGGUGACAGGGCUGGCACCCGGCCACACCUUCGAGCUCUUCGUCCAGGCCCGGCGGGAGCAGCACCUCGGGGCGCCCGGCACCCUGCGCAUCCGCACCCUGCUUGCCCAGACUCUGCCCACCCACGGGGGGUCCCCAGGGUCCCCUCAGGGUUCCCUGGGGUCCCCGGCAUCGCCAGUGGCCCCAGCGUCACCAUCAGUCCGAUGGUCUCCGGCAGCCCCAAGGUCCCCAGUGCCACCAGCACUGCCAGGGUCACCAGGGUCCCUGGGAUCACCGGCAUCACCAGUAUCCCCAGAGUCCCCAAGAUCCCCAGAGUCCCCAAGAUCCCCAGGGUCACCAGUGUCUCCAAGAUCCCCAGAGUCCCCAGCAUCCCCAAUAUCGCCUGCAUCUCCACGGUCCCCCGUGUCACCUCCAUCUCCAUGGUCCCCGGUGUCCCCAGAGUCCCCGCUGUCCCCAGUGCUCCCGGGUGGCCCAUCCCUGCAUGACCUGGGGGCCAAGCUCUCCUCCUACAAUGGCUCCUUGCUGCAGCGCCUGGAGAGCCACCUCCGGGCUACAAACUACCCCCUCCGGGGCAACCAAACGGUGCCGGCGGUGGCCCGUGCCAUCCUCUCUUACCUUCUACGCCGCAGCCCGGCCUCGUUGCGUCACCAGCUCCUCCGCCAGAUCCCCCAUCCCAAGCCCCACUUGAUGCCGGGGGCCACCGGCGAGGCGCUGGUGGACCUGAACGGGCUUCGGGGCCACGCCGAAACGGUGGUGAUCCGUUACCGGCUCCUGGAAGAGCCGGCGGGGACCGAGGGGGAGCUACAGGUGCCAGGGGACACAGCGGUGGUCCGGGUGCCGGGGCUGGUGCCGGGGGCCAUGUACCGGGUGGAGGUGCACGGCGUGGUGCAGGAGCACGUCUCCAAGUCCUACACGUUCCUGGUGACGGCAGGGGUAGGUGGCACCGACGAGCCCCCGUCGGGGUGGGAGCAGGCGUAUGAGAUGGAGUUGGCCGAGCCCCAAGGUGCCGUAGCCAAAACAGCCCCAUCAUCAGAGGAACCACCAUCCCGGCCCAUCCUGGGCGAGCUCAGGGUCUCCCACGUCACUCCUGGCUCCAUCCAGCUGGAGUGGAGCGUCCUGGAGGGCACCUUUGACUCCUUCACGGUGCAGUACAGGGACGCCCAAGGUCAACCUCAGGCACUUGCAGUCGAUGGUGGGUCCCGCAGGGUGACCGUGCCGGGGCUGUCACCGUCGCGCCGCUACAAGUUCAACCUCUACGGGGUGUGGGGUCGGAAACGGAUUGGUCUCAUCUCCACCGACGCUGUCACAGCACCAGCCCCACCCAAGGAGGAAGCCCCAUCCGCGCCCGCCCUGGGCGAGCUGACGGCCUCCCACGUCACCCCCGAGUCCGUCCAGCUGGAGUGGAGCGUCCCCGAGGGCACCUUUGACUCCUUCACGGUGCAGUACAGGGACGCCCAAGGCCAGCCCCAGGUGCUGCCCGUGGACGGCGCUUCCCGCACGGUGACCGUGCCGGGGCUGGCACCGUCGCGCCGCUACAAGUUCAACCUGUACGGGCUGAGGGGGCGGAAGCGCCUGGGCCCCGUCUCCACCGACGCCGUCACAGCCCAUCCGGAGGAGGAAGCCCCAUCCGCGCCCGCCCUGGGCGAGCUGACGGCCUCCCACGUCACCCCCGAGUCCGUCCAGCUGGAGUGGAGCGUCCCCGAGGGCACCUUUGACUCCUUCACGGUGCAGUACAGGGACGCCCAAGGCCAGCCCCAGGUGCUGCCCGUGGACGGCGCUUCCCGCACGGUGACCGUGCCGGGGCUGGCACCGUCGCGCCGCUACAAGUUCAACCUGUACGGGCUGAGGGGGCGGAAGCGCCUGGGCCCCGUCUCCACCGACGCCGUCACAGCUGCAGCCCACCCGGAGGAGGAAGCCCCAUCCGCGCCCGCCCUGGGCGAGCUGACGGCCUCCCACGCCACCCCCGAGUCCGUCCAGCUGGAGUGGAGCGUCCCCGAGGGCACCUUUGACUCCUUCACGGUGCAGUACAGGGACGCCCAAGGCCAGCCCCAGGUGCUGCCCGUGGACGGCGCUUCCCGCACGGUGACCGUGCCGGGGCUGGCACCGUCGCGCCGCUACAAGUUCAACCUGUACGGGCUGAGGGGGCGGAAGCGCCUGGGCCCCGUCUCCACCGACGCCGUCACAGCUGCAGCCCAUCCGGAGGAGGAAGCCCCAUCCGCGCCCGCCCUGGGCGAGCUGACGGCCUCCCACGUCACCCCCGAGUCCGUCCAGCUGGAGUGGAGCGUCCCCGAGGGCACCUUUGACUCCUUCACGGUGCAGUACAGGGACGCCCAAGGCCAGCCCCAGGUGCUGCCCGUGGACGGCGCUUCCCGCACGGUGACCGUGCCGGGGCUGGCACCGUCGCGCCGCUACAAGUUCAACCUGUACGGGCUGAGGGGGCGGAAGCGCCUGGGCCCCGUCUCCACCGACGCCGUCACAGCCCAUCCGGAGGAGGAAGCCCCAUCCGCGCCCGCCCUGGGCGAGCUGACGGCCUCCCACGUCACCCCCGAGUCCGUCCAGCUGGAGUGGAGCGUCCCCGAGGGCACCUUUGACUCCUUCACGGUGCAGUACAGGGACGCCCAAGGCCAGCCCCAGGUGCUGCCCGUGGACGGCGCUUCCCGCACGGUGACCGUGCCGGGGCUGGCACCGUCGCGCCGCUACAAGUUCAACCUGUACGGGCUGAGGGGGCGGAAGCGCCUGGGCCCCGUCUCCACCGACGCCGUCACAGCUGCAGCCCACCCGGAGGAGGAAGCCCCAUCCGCGCCCGCCCUGGGCGAGCUGACGGCCUCCCACGUCACCCCCGAGUCCGUCCAGCUGGAGUGGAGCGUCCCCGAGGGCACCUUUGACUCCUUCACGGUGCAGUACAGGGACGCCCAAGGCCAGCCCCAGGUGCUGCCCGUGGACGGCGCUUCCCGCACGGUGACCGUGCCGGGGCUGGCACCGUCGCGCCGCUACAAGUUCAACCUGUACGGGCUGAGGGGGCGGAAGCGCCUGGGCCCCGUCUCCACCGACGCCGUCACAGCUGCAGCCCACCCGGAGGAGGAAGCCCCAUCCACGCCCGCCCUGGGCGAGCUGACGGCCUCCCACGUCACCCCCGAGUCCGUCCAGCUGGAGUGGAGCGUCCCCGAGGGCACCUUUGACUCCUUCACGGUGCAGUACAGGGACGCCCAAGGCCAGCCCCAGGUGCUGCCCGUGGACGGCGCUUCCCGCACGGUGACCGUGCCGGGGCUGGCACCGUCGCGCCGCUACAAGUUCAACCUGUACGGGCUGAGGGGGCGGAAGCGCCUGGGCCCCGUCUCCACCGACGCCGUCACAGCCCAUCCGGAGGAGGAAGCCCCAUCCGCGCCCGCCCUGGGCGAGCUGACGGCCUCCCACGUCACCCCCGAGUCCGUCCAGCUGGAGUGGAGCGUCCCCGAGGGCACCUUUGACUCCUUCACGGUGCAGUACAGGGACGCCCAAGGCCAGCCCCAGGUGCUGCCCGUGGACGGCGCUUCCCGCACGGUGACCGUGCCGGGGCUGGCACCGUCGCGCCGCUACAAGUUCAACCUGUACGGGCUGAGGGGGCGGAAGCGCCUGGGCCCCGUCUCCACCGACGCCGUCACAGCUGCAGCCCACCCGGAGGAGGAAGCCCCAUCCGCGCCCGCCCUGGGCGAGCUGACGGCCUCCCACGUCACCCCCGAGUCCGUCCAGCUGGAGUGGAGCGUCCCCGAGGGCACCUUUGACUCCUUCACGGUGCAGUACAGGGACGCCCAAGGCCAGCCCCAGGUGCUGCCCGUGGACGGCGCUUCCCGCACGGUGACCGUGCCGGGGCUGGCACCGUCGCGCCGCUACAAGUUCAACCUGUACGGGCUGAGGGGGCGGAAGCGCCUGGGCCCCGUCUCCACCGACGCCGUCACAGCUGCAGCCCAUCCGGAGGAGGAAGCCCCAUCCGCGCCCGCCCUGGGCGAGCUGACGGCCUCCCACGUCACCCCCGAGUCCGUCCAGCUGGAGUGGAGCGUCCCCGAGGGCACCUUUGACUCCUUCACGGUGCAGUACAGGGACGCCCAAGGCCAGCCCCAGGUGCUGCCCGUGGACGGCGCUUCCCGCACGGUGACCGUGCCGGGGCUGGCACCGUCGCGCCGCUACAAGUUCAACCUGUACGGGCUGAGGGGGCGGGAGCACCUGGGCCCCGUCUCCACCGACGCCGUCACAGCUGCAGCCCACCCGGAGGAGGAAGCCCCAUCCGCGCCCGCCCUGGGCGAGCUGACGGCCUCCCACGUCACCCCCGAGUCCGUCCAGCUGGAGUGGAGCGUCCCCGAGGGCACCUUUGACUCCUUCACGGUGCAGUACAGGGACGCCCAAGGCCAGCCCCAGGUGCUGCCCGUGGACGGCGCUUCCCGCACGGUGACCGUGCCGGGGCUGGCACCGUCGCGCCGCUACAAGUUCAACCUGUACGGGCUGAGGGGGCGGAAGCGCCUGGGCCCCGUCUCCACCGACGCCGUCACAGCCCAUCCGGAGGAGGAAGCCCCAUCCGCGCCCGCCCUGGGCGAGCUGACGGCCUCCCACGCCACCCCCGAGUCCGUCCAGCUGGAGUGGAGCGUCCCCGAGGGCACCUUUGACUCCUUCACGGUGCAGUACAGGGACGCCCAAGGCCAGCCCCAGGUGCUGCCCGUGGACGGCGCUUCCCGCACGGUGACCGUGCCGGGGCUGGCACCGUCGCGCCGCUACAAGUUCAACCUGUACGGGCUGAGGGGGCGGAAGCGCCUGGGCCCCGUCUCCACCGACGCCGUCACAGCUGCAGCCCAUCCGGAGGAGGAAGCCCCAUCCGCGCCCGCCCUGGGCGAGCUGACGGCCUCCCACGUCACCCCCGAGUCCGUCCAGCUGGAGUGGAGCGUCCCCGAGGGCACCUUUGACUCCUUCACGGUGCAGUACAGGGACGCCCAAGGCCAGCCCCAGGUGCUGCCCGUGGACGGCGCUUCCCGCACGGUGACCGUGCCGGGGCUGGCACCGUCGCGCCGCUACAAGUUCAACCUGUACGGGCUGAGGGGGCGGAAGCGCCUGGGCCCCGUCUCCACCGACGCCGUCACAGCUGCAGCCCAUCCGGAGGAGGAAGCCCCAUCCGCGCCCGCCCUGGGCGAGCUGACGGCCUCCCACGUCACCCCCGAGUCCGUCCAGCUGGAGUGGAGCGUCCCCGAGGGCACCUUUGACUCCUUCACGGUGCAGUACAGGGACGCCCAAGGCCAGCCCCAGGUGCUGCCCGUGGACGGCGCUUCCCGCACGGUGACCGUGCCGGGGCUGGCACCGUCGCGCCGCUACAAGUUCAACCUGUACGGGCUGAGGGGGCGGAAGCGCCUGGGCCCCGUCUCCACCGACGCCGUCACAGCCCAUCCGGAGGAGGAAGCCCCAUCCGCGCCCGCCCUGGGCGAGCUGACGGCCUCCCACGUCACCCCCGAGUCCGUCCAGCUGGAGUGGAGCGUCCCCGAGGGCACCUUUGACUCCUUCACGGUGCAGUACAGGGACGCCCAAGGCCAGCCCCAGGUGCUGCCCGUGGACGGCGCUUCCCGCACGGUGACCGUGCCGGGGCUGGCACCGUCGCGCCGCUACAAGUUCAACCUGUACGGGCUGAGGGGGCGGAAGCGCCUGGGCCCCGUCUCCACCGACGCCGUCACAGCCCACCCGGAGGAGGAAGCCCCAUCCGCGCCCGCCCUGGGCGAGCUGACGGCCUCCCACGUCACCCCCGAGUCCGUCCAGCUGGAGUGGAGCGUCCCCGAGGGCACCUUUGACUCCUUCACGGUGCAGUACAGGGACGCCCAAGGCCAGCCCCAGGUGCUGCCCGUGGACGGCGCUUCCCGCACGGUGACCGUGCCGGGGCUGGCACCGUCGCGCCGCUACAAGUUCAACCUGUACGGGCUGAGGGGGCGGAAGCGCCUGGGCCCCGUCUCCACCGACGCCGUCACAGCUGCAGCCCAUCCGGAGGAGGAAGCCCCAUCCGCGCCCGCCCUGGGCGAGCUGACGGCCUCCCACGUCACCCCCGAGUCCGUCCAGCUGGAGUGGAGCGUCCCCGAGGGCACCUUUGACUCCUUCACGGUGCAGUACAGGGACGCCCAAGGCCAGCCCCAGGUGCUGCCCGUGGACGGCGCUUCCCGCACGGUGACCGUGCCGGGGCUGGCACCGUCGCGCCGCUACAAGUUCAACCUGUACGGGCUGAGGGGGCGGGAGCACCUGGGCCCCGUCUCCACCGACGCCGUCACAGCUGCAGCCCACCCGGAGGAGGAAGCCACAUCCGCGCCCGCCCUGGGCGAGCUGACGGCCUCCCACGUCACCCCCGAGUCCGUCCAGCUGGAGUGGAGCGUCCCCGAGGGCACCUUUGACUCCUUCACGGUGCAGUACAGGGACGCCCAAGGCCAGCCCCAGGUGCUGCCCGUGGACGGCGCUUCCCGCACGGUGACCGUGCCGGGGCUGGCACCGUCGCGCCGCUACAAGUUCAACCUGUACGGGCUGAGGGGGCGGAAGCGCCUGGGCCCCGUCUCCACCGACGCCGUCACAGCUGCAGCCCAUCCGGAGGAGGAAGCCCCAUCCGCGCCCGCCCUGGGCGAGCUGACGGCCUCCCACGCCACCCCCGAGUCCGUCCAGCUGGAGUGGAGCGUCCCCGAGGGCACCUUUGACUCCUUCACGGUGCAGUACAGGGACGCCCAAGGCCAGCCCCAGGUGCUGCCCGUGGACGGCGCUUCCCGCACGGUGACCGUGCCGGGGCUGGCACCGUCGCGCCGCUACAAGUUCAACCUGUACGGGCUGAGGGGGCGGAAGCGCCUGGGCCCCGUCUCCACCGACGCCGUCACAGCUGCAGCCCACCCGGAGGAGGAAGCCCCAUCCGCGCCCGCCCUGGGCGAGCUGACGGCCUCCCACGUCACCCCCGAGUCCGUCCAGCUGGAGUGGAGCGUCCCCGAGGGCACCUUUGACUCCUUCACGGUGCAGUACAGGGACGCCCAAGGCCAGCCCCAGGUGCUGCCCGUGGACGGCGCUUCCCGCACGGUGACCGUGCCGGGGCUGGCACCGUCGCGCCGCUACAAGUUCAACCUGUACGGGCUGAGGGGGCGGGAGCGCCUGGGCCCCGUCUCCACCGACGCCGUCACAGGUGAGGGGGCGUGAGGGACGCUACUGACCAUGGGUUUGCUGUGGGCAGGAGCUUGGGAUGGAUGGAGGAUGGACGGACGGAUGUGGGCACGGCUGGACAGACGUGCGGACGCCGGUGGCCGACACUGUCCCCUCCGUGCGGCAGCUGCAGCCCAUCCGGAGGAGGAAGCCCCAUCCGCGCCCGCCCUGGGCGAGCUGACGGCCUCCCACGUCACCCCCGAGUCCGUCCAGCUGGAGUGGAGCGUCCCCGAGGGCACCUUUGACUCCUUCACGGUGCAGUACAGGGACGCCCAAGGCCAGCCCCAGGUGCUGCCCGUGGACGGCGCUUCCCGCACGGUGACCGUGCCGGGGCUGGCACCGUCGCGCCGCUACAAGUUCAACCUGUACGGGCUGAGGGGGCGGGAGCGCCUGGGCCCCGUCUCCACCGACGCCGUCACAG